AGGUCAGAGGUCACAGGGUCCUCACAGCGCCGGUUAGAAAGACGGUUGCUAUCUGAUAUUUUCUUACAAACAUUUUUAUUUCGCUCCUGUCAACAACUCUAACGGGCAGGAAUCAUGUCCGGCAGGGAAGGUGGGAAAAAGAAGCCACUGAAAACACCCAAAAAACAGACCAAAGACCUGGAUGAGGAUGAUGUGGCCUUUAAACAGAAACAGAAGGAGGAGCAGAAGGCCAUGGAGGCACUGAAGGCCAAAGCUUCAGGGAAGGGGCCUCUAGGGGGCAGUGGCAUCAAGAAGUCAGGCAAGAAGUAACAGGAGCAGAUGAAGAUGAUGUUUCUUUGCUCCUCGUCCUUGCAUCCUCUGUGUGUUUGCUCACCGAGAGACUUGACUUAGUUUUAUUUGGGAAACCACCCUACUGAACCCAAAACGAGCCCAGUUCCUGAACCCCACCUCUGUGAUCCUCAGUGUUCUUCCACAGAAAAUGACAUUGACCUUCUUGAGGACAAUAAUGUCUUUAGCUGUGUGAACAUAAACACUGAAUUUAUUUCAUUGUUGUGAAGAGGAGAUGCCAAUAAACAUCUUGUAAAUAC